AUGCCGAAAAUUCACGAGUCCGAUUGUCAUCGUUAUUUGAAAGUUUUGGUGCUUCAGUGGCGCCGUGAAAACUCGGCAGGAAUACCUAUGGACCUCGCUUUCCUGUCGCCCAUGCCUGCUCAGCAGGUGUUCGGAGAGUGGGCUCAAGUAGAAGUGGUGGAGCUGGUUAACGAUGGUUCGGGUCUGGCGUUCGGCAUUGUCGGGGGAAGAUCUUCUGGCGUCGUUGUCAAGAGUGUGUUGCCGGGCGGAGUCGCUGACAGAGAUGGCCGUCUCCGCUCCGGUGACAUGCUCCUCCGCAUCGGCGCAGUAUCAGUGGUGGGGAUGUGCGCGCGGCAAGCGGCGGCAGUACUGCGGCAGUGCGGCGUUUGUGUGCGGCUUUUAGUCGCUAGACCUGCGCUUGCGCCAGCCGCACCUGCCUAUACAAGACAGCCGUCCCUUCAGUCGUUGGGCGCAUCAUCUGCACCGGUGAUUCCCUCGCGCUUAUUGGCCGACCCUAUCGAACUUGAGCGCCGAUUGGCUGAAGCUGGUCAUGACGGCUUCAGCGCCCUGUGCGAGGACCCCAGUUCCCCCGCUUCGUCACCUCCUCCGACGAUCAUUGAAGAACGAUUGCAUCAACGGCCAGUAGCGUCAAUAGUGGCAGUGGUACCUAGAGGAGCGUUGGCACCAUCUCCGCGUCCCCCGCAGUUUAUACCACCCCCAGUUGAUCCUCAACCUCCGCCAAUGAGGUUACCACUGGAUAUGGCGGUGCGAGGCACAGGUGAACCAGAGACAUUGAGCUAUGAAGUCGACUUAAACAAAGAUUCUGCGCUCGGUCUGGGGAUCACCGUUGCUGGUUACGUAUGUGAACAGGUGGCGUUAUCGAUGGUCGCAUGUGACGAGGUGAACCAGUACGAGCUCUUCGAUGUUUCGGAUAUGAAGGUGGACGGCGUGUCUCUACACGGAGUGACGAACCACAGAGCUGUGGCUUUGUUGCGAGACGCUAAAGGCCCUGUUGUCAGACUGAAAGCUUUAAGAUACCUUCGUGGAGCGGGGUUCGAGAAACUCCAAAAGGCGCUAGCGGCGCAGGAUGGCCGACGCUCCCCCAUCGCGCCACCCAGCCCGUCCGUUACCUCACUUGCCAAAUAUAGCUUUAGUGUGUACGAUGAAUCUACAGUAAUAGAAGCGGAGGCAGACUCCGAAAUCCAACCUCAUCUCCCAUCCCCUACGUCUCCAUCUGAAGAAGCUGAGAUCGUGAUCGGACGAGAUGACGAACUAUCAGAAAGAGAAGCAAGAAGGAUACAGGACAAAUGGCGGGAUUUGUUGGAAGCUGAAAAGGAUUGGCCUGGACAUCAAAAUCAGUACGACAUUAUUAUUGGCACAAUAAUUAAGGGAAAAGACAGUGGAUUAGGAAUCUCCCUGGAAGGUACCGUACGAGUUGUUGGUGGUAAAGAGGUUCAGGCAAGACAUUAUAUCAGGGCUAUCGCGCCGAACGGACCAGUAGCACAACUUGGAUUAUAUAAAGUUGGAGAUGAGUUACUUGAGGUAAACGGCUGGAGGGUACUAGGCUCACAUCAUGUAGAUGUAGUUACAAGACUAAGGGCAGUGCAGUCGCCGGUACUGCUUGUCUGUGUACGGAAGCGAGACAACGAUGUGCAUAGCAGCAAAAGUGAAUCCAGCUUUGCAAGGAGUAACAUCCUCGGUGGCAGUCUUCAAGAUUUGCUGACACCGCCGCAACGGUUGAUUAAGGCCAAAUCUGAAAGCUCGGUAGCUUCGCUAUGUAGUGCUACUACUAUUAUGUCUACUGGACACGAUCAUGAUGAAUUCUGCACAGAAGAUUUAGAAAGAAAUCGAUCACGAUCCCUAGAGCCUCUAAGUGGUCUGGCGAUGUGGAGCGAUAACAUAGACUAUAUACAAUUGCAGAAAGAAGACAGAGGAUUGGGAUUCUCUAUUUUAGAUUAUUUGGACCCUUCAGAACCUGGUAGUUCAGUGAUUGUAGUCCGGUCAGUAGUGACCGGAGGAGCUGCAGCUGCCGACGGACGUCUUGCACCUGGAGACAGGCUGAUGUCAGUCAAUGGGCUUGAUGUUUCCAGGAGUCCAUUAGCUACUGCUGUUAGUGCUAUUAAGAGUGCUCCUAAAGGAACUGUGACAAUUGGUGUAGCCAAACCCCUUCCUUGCAGUACCGUGGUGGGGGGAGAAAAAGCUAAUGGCCAGAGUACGCAAGGAAGCCAGGAAUACAUAAACUCCUUGGCAUCAGAUGACCAAACCGGCAUGGAUUCCUUUCACGAGUGCCUUCAAGAGUAUGGAGAAGGAUUGGAAGUAGUCCAAAUAUGCUGCGAACCUGAAGACUCUUCGAUUAAAGACGAGGAGCUCUCUGCCUUAGCCGACCUUAGUUUUGAUGAAUGUCAUCUUAAAAAUCAAAUAAAUGAACAGGUAAAAGGUAAGAAAAAAACCGAAAAGGAGAAAAUCAAUGGAACUAUAUUGAAAUCCUCGAAAUCUGACGAAUCCCUGGAGCAAGAUGACUUAACAAUAACUGAAGAUGAUGUUUUAAUAACUCCUAGAGAACUCCCUGACACAAGAAGCAAGUCUGCUGAUAGAAAAGGCGAUGAUAACAGGUGUUUAUCAAAACAGCAAAGUAAGGAUAUAUCCACGUCAGAUGAAAUGGUCUUCGCUGUAACACCGACGGGCUUGGAAAGAAUAAGUUUUGAUAAAUAUUGGAAAGAGGAUGAAAAUAAAGAAAAAAAUCUUCAUAAAGUCAAAAGUGAAGAAAGUUGGAAAGAGUGCCUGAACUCUCCUACAGACAUAACAAGUAGUUGUUACGAUACAACAACUAGGAUUUCCGUCCACGAAGAAAGUCAUUCUUUACUAUACAUCGACCAUGAGAUUGAUGGAUACGAAACGUGUCUAGACGAUGAUUCCACGUCUGCAAAGAGUACAAUAAAAAACGGUCGUAAAAUGAACGGCGAUCCGGAGAUCAAAGAAACAAGUAAACAAGACAAAAUAGCUAUUAGAAACAAAGACAACGACGCAAGUGCCAAAACUGCCAUUGCUACAGAAGAAGUGACGUCAAAUUCGUCAAAUGAAAUUGGAAGAAGAAGAAAGAAAAAACAAGGAAGUACAACAGAAGCUCUUAGAAAACAACACAGCGGUAAUGGAGAAAAAAUUACAACUAAAGAAGCAGGAACCAAGUGA